AUGUCGUUCUCCGAAACGUUCGCCUCAUCGGAUCGCUGCUUUGCCCACCAUCAAUCGGUCAAGCUUGAAACGCCGCACUUUAUUUUUUUCGCAUGGUUCCUCGAAGCAAAUAGAUUGUAUCUUGAAGUCCGGGAGAUAGAGCAGGCCCGCCGACCGGCACCCUUCUAUUCGGCUGACGUUGAUAAUGUGGAGCCCUCGGAGGAUCCAAUUCCUACCCCGAGGUACAGGCUAUGGGUGUCAUCAGAGGCGCGCGAUAAAGAAGAACACGAUCUCGCACCUAACGAAUGUUCGAGCAUCGUCCUCAAAUCUAAACAUGGGGUCGUGCUUGCAGAGAUUCACGAGGUGCUGAACGGCAAGGGGCAUAGACUGGAACUUCACGUCCAGACUCUAGGCAAUAUAGACGUGAUAUUGGCCCUACCUGUCAGCUUCAAGGGCGCAAUAUAUCCCUCCCGCCACGAUGGCCAGCAAUCAAGUGGAGUCUCGCUGUCGAAAGAACUCAUCUCCCGCGUGGAUGAGGGCCUUAUCCGUAUAGGCGAAGAUUCGGAAUCUGAAAUGCAAGACAAGGUACUGAUCACGACUGAUGGCAAGGUCUCACUUAAGGUGAUGACGGCUUGA